UCCUCCCUCUCACGACUUGUCACCAUUACAGAAAAGGAAAUUUUUAAAAUCCGCGUUCUGUCAAGCCACUCAGGACCGUGAACAUUCCCAAGCCAUUCCACGAUCGACAGCAAGUGAUAUAAUGGGCGAGAUCGAUGUAAUCGGUGGACGUGAGAUGAUGAAGCAUGGAAAAGUUUAUAAAGUAUUCAACUGCUCCUGAUUAGCCUGCUCCGAGUAUCAGUCGUAUAGCAUCACGCCAGAACCCACGACCUAGCUCUUAUGUACGCAACUUCUUAACACUGAAUAGUAUCAGUAUUUGAUCUGAGCGCCAACCAUCUCAACAAAACAAUUGCUUGUCCUGACAACUACAAUUUGGAUGAACGCAUAAUCCCACAUAUCAGAUAUGUCGAUACACCAAAACAAAGCAGCUUAUCUCGAUGGCGCUAAAGUUCACCCACUUGCGGUGCGCGAGGCGCCUUACACAAAACCUGGUCCUCAUCAAAUUUCCAUCAGAAACGAGGCCAUCGCAUUGAACCCUUUGGAAUACAUCAAGCAGAGCAUCGGCAACUUCAUCUAUGAGUGGAUCAAAUAUCCGUUUGUGAUGGGCGCCGAUGUAGCAGGAACAGUGGUGGAAGUCGGCGAGAACGUGACGCGCUUCAAACCCGGAGACCGUGUAGUCGCAUGCGCGUUGGGUAUGGAGAAGAAGCACAACAAGUCAGCCAUGGGCGGCUACCAGCUGUUUACCAAUGUUCAAGAUAACUUGGCGAGCCUUAUUCCGGACUCGCUUGAGCCCGAGAAGGCGGCUGUUCUACCUUUGGCUAUCACAACAGCGGCAUGUGGGCUUUUUCAGAAGGACCAUCUUGCAUUACGCUAUCCAGUGCACGGCGGCAAGUCACAGCCACAGAAGGACCGAGAAAAUUUAAUCAUCUGGGGGGGUUCGACUAGUGUCGGCUGUAACGCCAUUCAGCUGGCAACAGCGGCUGGCUACGAGGUCAUAACGACCUGCUCCCCACGUAACUUCGACCUGGUCAAGUCUCUUGGGGCGACGGCCGCCUUUGACUAUCGCAGUCCGACCGUGGUAAAGGAUAUUAUUCGCGCAUGCAAUGGCAAGAAAGUCGCUGGCGCGAUGGCGAUCGGCGAUGGGGGGCCGGAGAAGUGCGCAGAUAUUCUCGGAAAGUGCGAAGGAAAUCGCUUUCUUUCUCAGGUUAGCUUCCCGAAUCCGGAGAACCCUGACGCCGGGGCUCCGGCACGGAUCUUGACAUUCAUGGCAUUCUCCGCCAAAAUGGUAGUCAAGAAGGCGUUAGCUGGAGUUCGGUCCAACUUUGUAUGGGGAGCUACUAUCGAAGAUAACGAGGUGAGCAAGGUGAUGUUCGAAGAUUUUCUUCCGAAAGCUCUCGCGGAUGGAAGCUAUACCUGCGCCCCAGAGCCUGAAAUCAUCGGGAGUGACUUGGGAGCGAUCCAAGGCGGUCUAGAUAGGCUGAAGUUUGAAGGUGUUUCGGCGAAGAAGCUUGUUGUGAAACUAUAAACUGGGCUUCUCGAUAUUUACCGCGAGACUUUGUUGGCCAUGGAUGUACGUUACG